AUUGAAAUUUUUACAGGAUUGUUCACCUGAAUCUUUUGAUAUCAUGCAAUGCUACAAAGUUCAACCCUCUUCACCCAAUAAACCUGCAAAAGAGGAGAUCCAGAUUAGGAAGUUGGAACUUUUGGCAUUGAGUAUUUUUUAUUUAUGCCUUAUCAUGUUUGAGCAACAUUGCAAUAUUGAAAAUCUUGGUCGAGUUAACAAAGUUAAGGUCAAAAGGCAAAUCACAGUAAAGAGUUUGCAAUUAGAACCACUUUGUAAUCAGAGCAUGGAGAAGUUCUUCAAGUUCUCCACUAUGAAGUUGGACAGAAAUAUGAACCACACCAUGAUUACUUCUGCUUAUCGUUUCUGCUCUUACAGAGGACACAAAAGCUCUCAAUUAGCUUUCUCUGAUCUUGUAUUUGAUGGCAUGGCGAACACACUUAUCCGGGAUGGGAAGGAGAUGGCAUCGAUGCUUUAUACUUAUCGCAAUUGUGUCAAAGCACUUCCUCCGUAUUUUAGCCUUAGUUGA